GAUGAACUCAAGCAUUAUCUUACCGACGACUGGUAUGCGGUAGUGCGUGAACACAAACUAUUGGAACUGCCUGCCAAGGUGACAGUGCAGCAGAUAGCUGACCAGUAUUUGGCGCACAAAAAGUCGGUGAAGUCGACCAGUGCCAGCAAAGAGGUGGCCAUAAACGAUGUGCUCGACGGCAUCAUCGAGUACUUCAAUGUGAUGCUUGGCUCGCAGCUACUGUACAAAUUCGAGCGCACCCAAUAUGCAGACAUAAUGCAAAAGCAUCCAGAUACGCCCCUGUCCGAACUGUAUGGCUCCUUUCAUUUGUUGCGCCUGUUUGUGCGACUUGGUUCAAUGCUGAGCUAUUCGGCGCUUGAUCAACCGGCUAUGCAAACGCUUUUAGCCCAUCUGCAUGACUUUCUCAAGUUUUUGGUGAAGAAUAGCGCAAUGUACUUUAAUAUGACAAACUUUAUCAAUGUUGAUCCGGAAUACGUGCGUAAUGCGCAGUAGAUGCAUUAAUAAAACCC